CAACCACAAUUCAAAAAGCUCUCUCCCCCACUGUCUAUAUUAACCAAUUUUCCCUUUGCUUCUCCUUACAAUUCCAGAUCCAAUCCUCUUAGUUGCAACCACCAUGGGAGAACCACAAGAAGAAGCUACCCAUAUUGUCAUUCUACCCUCACCAGGGAUGGGUCACCUCAUCCCACUAGCCGAGUUUGCAAAGAGACUCAUUCUCUAUCACCACUUCUCAAUUACCUUCACCAUCCCUUGUGAUGGUCCUCUACCGAAAGCCCAGAAAGAAGCCCUUGAUGCACUUCCCAAAGGAAUAAAUUCUGUGUUACUCCCACCGGUUAAUCUAGAUGACCUCUCUGCGGACACACUUCCCGAGGUUCUCAUUUGUCGCACCAUGACUCGCUGUCUUCCUUCACUUAGGGAGGUACUUAAGAGCCUAAUUAUCACUUCUCAUCUCUCUGCUUUAAUUGUUGAUCAAUUUGGCGUUGAUGCGUUCACAGUGGCCAAGGAAUUCAAGGUUUUGUCAUACCUUUUCUUUCCUUCUACAGCUAUGUCUUUGUGGUUAUUCUUAUAUGUGCCAAAGCUAGAUGAGAUGUACUCUUGUGAGUAUAGAGACCUACCUGAACCGGUGAAAUUGCCCGGAUGCGUACCUGUUCAUGGAAGUGAAUUGUUCGACCCGGUUCAGGAUCGAAAGAAUGAAGCAUAUUCAUGCAUUCUUAACCUUUGUAGAGGUAUUGUAUCGGCUGAUGGGGUGUUAUUGAAUAGCUUCAUGGAUUUGGAACCGGGUGCAAUCAAAGCUUUUAUGGAAGGUGGAGAGUUGUGUACACUGCAGAUUUAUCCUGUCGGACCGCUUAUAAGGACCGGUUCAGCGGAUGUGGGUGAUGCAAAUGAAUGCCUCAAGUGGUUGGAUGAUCAACCAGAUGGGUCAGUUCUGUUUGUUUCAUUUGGGAGUGGAGGAGUUUUGUCACCAGAGCAGUUGAAUGAAUUGGCCUUAGGAUUGGAGCAAAGUGAACAAAGAUUUCUAUGGGUUAUUAGAAGCCCAACUAGUAAAUCUGUUAAUGCCAACUUCUUUGAUGCCCAGAGCAUAGAGGAUCCAUUUUCACACUUACCACAAGGGUUCUUGGAGAGGACCAAAGGAAGAGGCCUUGUGGUGCCCUCAUGGGCUCCUCAGAUCCAAGUGCUAAAUCAUGGCUCGACUGGAGGGUUCCUGACUCAUUGUGGGUGGAACUCAACUUUGGAGAGUAUUGUCAAUGGUGUGCCCUUGAUUGCUUGGCCACUCUAUGCAGAGCAAAAGAUGAAUGCAGUGAUGCUAGUGGAGGACAUGAAGGUGGCACUGAGGCCUAAAGAGAGAGAAGAUGGAAUUAUAGGGAGAGAAGAGAUUGGGAAGGUGUUGAGGAGCCUACUGGAAGGAGAAGAAGGGCAGAGCGUAAGAAGCAGGAUGAAGGAGCUCAAGGACGCAGCAGCCAGGGUGUUAAGUGAAGAAGGGUCUUCAACACAGUCACUCUCUGAGGUGGCACAGAUAUGGAGGACCCAUAAGCCAUAUAGAAUUUGAGACCCAUACCCAUUAGCCAUAUAGUACUUGGGGCCAUUUUUGUCUUCACCAUGGUGAAAAGAGAAUCUCUUUAACCAUGGGAUCUGAUGUUCCGGAUUGGGAAAAGCAUUUUAGACUUCAUCCAAUAAAGGGGUGACUGUAACAAAGAGGCUCAUUUCCUGGCUAAGGGUGGCCGUGUUCUAGGUAUUUCAAAAGUUUGGUGGUUACAGCCACCUCGUGGACUCUACUUUCCUAGGGUAGAAGAUUUUUGUGAAUAAAUUUAAUAUUAUGUUAAAAAAAGAAAAAACCAUAAUCCAAUCAUGACCUUACAUCACCAUUGAUAACAUGGGUCCCAUAGGGAAAAUUUAGUAGAAGAUUUUUUUUUUUUUGUUUGGCUGGAAACAUUCUGUAGUAGAAGUACAUUGACACCAUUGUAAAAAGAGUACUGGAAAUGUUUUGUGACACUAGAAUUUGUUUAGCUUCAGUUCAAAGGUAAGAAAUAGAUCCCCCUUGCUUGUAUUCA